UAAGUGUGUGUGUUUUAGAUAUCAAGUGUUUGUGAAAGAUUUAUGAGUAAAUUGUAUCUUAAUGACUCCAAAAUCAAUUUAAGAUUUGAUCUGAUUAUCCGCUAUCGUGUGCAAGCGUGUGUGUAUGUUGUGUUUACUUGGGUUUCUUAAUUACCAAAUUACACUUUCAUUCACUUAAACUCCCAGAGGAUCUGAACAUAUGUAUUUGUGUGGGGGGGGGGUUGUGGUUGCUGGAGCUUGAUGAUUAUUAUCCAGCUCAUUUUCCUUGAUUUCCCAAAUGGAAUGAUAGAUGACAGCCCUUGAGCGCUCACACACACACACACACACACGCACGCGCCUACACACUCACGCACACAACACUCAAAGUACAAGUAAAUUCAUUUAUACUUCGUGAAGAAUACACUUCGGAUAAAUAGAUCUGGUCUGUUUUGAUUGGUCGCUUAGCAGUUGAUCAAUGAUGCGAUUGGGCUUUGGCAGGUGUGACAACAAUUGUGUGUAACAUAAGCAUCAAUCAAUUACACACUCUAGGCUCCGUCAGGAAGUCUGUGUGUACAACUGAGUGCUAUAAUUAUGAUGCAUACUCAUAAACAGCUCAGGGUCAGGGGUCAUGGUGAAUAGGUUGAGCUGAGAAAUUCCAGAACCCGUCACUGUGUGUUCACUUAGUUUAUUUUAGAUGUCUGUGUGUUUAUGUAUGAGCUCUGGGCCUUGUGUCCCCCGUCACAGAUCUGAGUCACACCUGUUAACAUUUCCAACACACGCGGUUUAUGACCAUGUCAAAUGGUAAAUCAAGCAGCAUAAUGCUGAUAACUCAAUUUCCACAGGAAAUGUUUAUAUUCAUCCGUCACAGACGUAGUGACCCAAGUGCUUGUCAAUCAAAUUGAAAUUAGUGUUGAAUAAUUGCAAGUUGAGUGAUUAGUAUUAUAAAGAUUAGGGUUGAAAUCAGCUUUGUUGUUUAUUAGUUUUCUAAGUGAACAGAAUCAUAAUUUUUGCCUGGCAGUUGAUUAAACAGACUCACAUUGAAAGAGAGAUCUAAGGGUUUUCUAAUAUAUCAUUGAGACUGUUUUGACCCAAACCAGUAAGGGACCACAUGAAAAACCUUAACAACCAACUAGCCUGUGUGUGUGUGUGUGUGUCGGUGCAUGUGUGUGUAACUGGGUUUUUUGCUUUUAUAGUUCUUACCUCACAUAACUAAUAUAAUCAUGUACUAAUGAAGUGUCCUCACAUCGGUCUCUCUCAUGACUUAGGUAAUCUAAUGUUCAGACUCACACAUGCACACACACACACACACACACACACACAUAUGCACGCACAGACGGACACAUUCACACACACACACAAAAACACAGUGGUUCCAUUUACAACACUGACAGUCUGUGUGUGGCUAAAUAUACCCUCAGCUGGUCUUAGAACGACAGACACAAGGGUGAGACCAAUGAAGAGGAAAAAGUAUGUUUGCCAUCUAGUCUUUGUGCUUAUGCGUGUGUUUGGAGAAAAUAUAAAAGAUGUCAAAUAUGUCCCCGUCAUAAAUUAAAAUUUGUAGAGGAAAUUAUGAAUUUGAUAUGAUUCAUUGUUUUAUCUAAAGUUUUGAGUUCAGUGCCUAACCUGACACUGUAGUGACCUAGAACUGCCAUAUAUCUGUGAUCACUUUAUCUAUGAAUGAGUAGCUUAAAAACAGGUAAAAAGCUUAAAUCUUCUUUGGAUACACUGAAUGUGAAGUUAAAAAAUGUAAAUGGUGAUUAAAAAAUGUCAUCAGUCAGUUAUAUAAAAGGAAUCUAGCAGAUGUAUUGUGUUAUGCAAUUGUUAGCUUUAUUCAAAGCUAUCUUUACAUUUGAUUUUAUCCAUAACUGAACUGUAAUUGGUCAGAUUAUCUGACAUAAAAUUGUGCUGGUAUGGUUUUAUGGUAAGAAAAUAUAUCCUCUCAAAGUUGAAAAUUGUCUCCAAAACUCGUUUCCAGAUUCUAGAAAAUGUAGUCAUGAAAACUCACUUCUUGAGGUGUAAUACCAGCCUCAAUUCAUGUGUGUGUUUGUGUGCAUGUGUUUUUGAAAGUGGUGCUCAUACACACCCUUGUUCCUAUAGCAACUGCCCCCAAAGAAGGGGCAAUAAACUAGUGCCACAGAAAAGCCAUAAAUGUGUGUGUGCGCGUGUGCAGUAUUGUGUGCUUUAUGUCCCUCAUAACAGCUGAGAUUUUUUUUGAAUGUGUGGGUGAGAGAUUAUUUAUAUGGAGAAACAUUCAUCACAAGCAAAUCAAAUAACCAACAUUACCAAGAUCUAGUGUGUAUGUCUUAAACUGAUUUUCUAAUAAUGAUCUUUUAUCACAAUUUCCCAUAAUUCUCAUGACAUGUUUUCUAUCUCGUCUUCCAUUCACUCCCUUUUUUUGUCUGUUCUAUCCAUCUCACAAUGUCUGUGUUUAUCUGUCUGUCAUCAACUGUUCAGACAUUUUCUGAACAGGUUAUUCUGCCCAAAGAGUUGUUGCGGAGCGGUCGGCUCAUGUCUCUCUCUCUGCCUGCCGGAGAUCUGAACUCUCUGCUGCCAGAUGAAGACAGCCGUCGUCUUUACAUUGGUAUGAAGGACCAUCUGCUGUCCACCAGCCUGGAUGACAUUACCCAACCUCCCCACAAAAUAUACUGGCCAGCAAAUCCAGAUCGAAUCCAGGACUGUUUAAUGGCUGGAAAGGACCUACAGAUGGACUGUGCUAACUUCCUGCGUGUGCUGGAGCCGUAUAACCAAACACAUCUUUAUGCCUGUGGGACUGGAGCGUUCAACCCCCGCUGUGCCUUCAUCCCCACCAGCCUCUUCCUCAGGGCUGAGGAGCAAACCCUUCGGUAUGAAGACACUGAAUCUGGAAAGGGAAAAUGUCCCUACGAUCCUCACCAGAGAGCAGCUACUGCCAUCAUAGACGGUGAGCUGUAUGCUGGGGUCUCUUCCGACUUCCUAGGUCAUGAUACAGCUUUUUUGCGCAGUAUGGGAGAGCGAAAUGUGAUUCGCACAGAGCAAUACGACUCUACCUGGCUACAAGGUGCUGAAUUUGUACAUGUUGCAGCGAUGUCCGAGAGUGAUAACAAAGAGGAUGAUAAGGUGUAUGUGUUUUUUACUGAGCGAGCUCAGGAGGUUGAAGGGGCCGCUGGGAAGGUUCUUUAUUCUAGAGUCGCCCGCGUCUGUAAGAAUGAUAUAGGUGGUCAGCGUAGUUUGGUACACAAAUGGAGCACCUUUCAGAAAGCGCGUAUUGUUUGCUCUGUACCAGGACCCGACGGUAUACCCACACACUUUGACAAACUGCAGGAUAUUUUCAUUCAUCAUGGAAAAGACAAAAAGAAUCCCCUUAUCUAUGGACUCUUUACCACUAACAGUAAUAUCUUGAAUGGAUCUGCUGUGUGCGUGUACCGUAUGCAGGACAUUAUUCGAGCUUUCAAAGGAAACUUUCUUCACAGGGAAGGGCAGCAGUACAAGUGGAUGGAGUAUGCAGGCAAAGUGCCCUAUCCCAGGCCUGGCACAUGUCCCAGCAGCACUUACGGAGGAUUUCAAUCAACAAGAGAAUAUCCUGAUGAUGUCAUCUUCUUUAGUCGCACACACCCUUUAAUGAAAGAGGUGGUACAUCCUCAUGGUGGGCACCCGUUGCUGAUCAGAGUGGGCGUGCCUUAUAAGAUGACCCGCCUCCUUGUGGACAGAGUAGAGGCAGAUAGACAACGUGAUGUGUUGUUUAUUGGCACAGACUCUGGUCUGGUGCUGAAGGCAGUUCACCUCCCUAAAGCCAAAGGACAGACUCAGGAGAUCACGCUUGAGCAGCUGCAGGUUUUCAAGCACAAGUCACCGAUAACAACAAUGAAACUGUCCAAGAAAAAGGAGUGGCUGUUUGCAGGAUCUGCAGAGGGUGUGGCUCAGUUGCGUCUGUUUCAGUGUGAUUUGUAUGGCCAGGCCUGCGCUGAAUGCUGUCUCGCAAGAGACCCAUACUGCACCUGGGACGGGCACUCCUGCAGUCCGUACAUGCCAACUGCACGCAGGCGAAACAUUCGUCAGGUUUAUGAUGACAAUCCGCUAAACCAGUGUGUCAGUCAGGGAGCUGGUCUUCAGGUGGAGGCAGAAGAGAAGACUCUAGUUGUUGCCGUGGGUAACAGCACCUACCUGGAGUGUUUUCCAAAAUCUCACCAUGCCACCGUCAGCUGGUAUAAAGACAUAGGAGAGAACAGCUUGGAACAACAAAAGGUUGAAUCUGGUGAACAUCUCAUUGUGAUAGACAGAGGCCUCCUCAUUCCCCAGGCAGAGCUCCAUCAUGGAGGCGUUUAUCACUGUCAGAUAGAGGAGCACGGGUUCCGCUGGACAGCCGUUACUGUUCGCUUAAUUGUGUGGAGCCCCGCCCUCCACCUCACCCUUGGCUCUGCCCAGCCGUGGUACCAGGAUGUGAUGGCCUUGAUUAACCACAGCAAACUGGAGCGACACUGCAAGGAACUCACUCACCGUAAUAACAACAAGGUAUCUGGGAAUCACAAGCAUAAACAAGAGAAAAAGAAAGCAGAGCAUCACAGACACAGAGGAAGGGGAGGAGAAAGAGAGACAGAGAAGGAGAAAGGAAGGGGGAGGAAGAACCGGAGCAGAAUGCAUAAUGCAGCACAGAGGGUCCCGAGAAGUGCAUAGAGGUGCAGAGACACAAUCACGGUUUACGAUGGUGCUUGAACACUCCAUCAACCUUACGUACAAACACAAUACACACAUAUACAUGAAAUCCUAUUAGAGGAUAAUGGGUGUGUCUUAUUCCCCUACCUAGUUCCCUAUGUCUAAUACAAUGAAUUACACAGAGUACACUGGUAGUCUGAUAACACAAUUACAUUUAAUUACAAAGACAUUUUUGAUAUUUGUCAACAACAUCACAUUAACAUGACAUUCAGUGGACAAAUAAAGGUGUGUCAUUAUUAAAUGGGCUCAUUUUAUUAAGCUAAACAGAUCAAAACGAAACAUAGUGCCAUUCAGACAUUAAACAAAACAAAAUUACCAAUAAAAAUAAAAAUAAAAAAGCAGAACAUGCAUUAAAAUAGUAUUUAAAUAUUAUAUUAUUAAUAUUUAAUAUUGUAUAAUUAUAUUAUUAAAUAUAAUUUAAAUAUUAAAUAUUAUUACAGUAGUUUACUUACUUUUGAGCUAGGAAACCCAAUGAGACACACAUGAUCUAAAUCAUAUGAAGGAUGGAAUGUUGUGUUUAUUUGAUCGAUUCAUUAUUUUAGAACUGUGUAUUGCAAAUCUGACAAUUCUCUUAAAGAGUGUCUUGUGUUAAAAAACAAUCUUCCAAAGUUAGGGAGUGUCGUCAAAAGUUCUUUGUUUUAAAAAGACUGCAGCAUUGAUAGCACUUACUGUUUUGUGCAUCCUCUGAAUUGAAAUGCAUUACCUUAAACUAUUGUUUUUUAUUUAUCUUUUACUGUAUUUAUUUUCUUUGUGUCUUGCUUUUUAUAUGUCUCAGAAAAGACAAGCUAUUUUGUUAUUGUCAAAUUCUUUGCCAUCAUUCAAUAAACUUGUGCUCCUGUGCAGUAAUUGUUUUAAAGUGGGUUUCAGAUGUCACAGAAUGAAACAAAACCUUUCUUGAUCCUGUCGGGUUAUAAGCGAAUGUGUGUUUUAUUUGGAAGGAGGGAGACAUAAAGAUUAUGUUAAAUAUGACUAAAUCUGCUAGACAGUGCCAGCUACUUUCUCCCGCAUAUUGACACACGCUUGCCAAGACGUUUGGCACGGUCUCCAUUUAGAAGGAUGGACAACUGCCUCCAUUCAGAAGGAUGAAAAUAAUGAGAAUAGAAUCAUGAUAUUUGAAGUGCAGAUAGAGGCGAAUUAAAAUGCGACUCAGAUUUGUUCUGCUUAAGAGAGAUAUAACCCAUGAUCUGUGUAAAUUAAGCAUCUCAACUCAACACUGUACUGUUUGGAAAUGAAACUCAAAUGUUGUUAAUAUGUUUCCUACUGUUAGUGUUUAAGAUAUGAAUCAUGUAAGUUAUCAUUUGUGUUUUGCGUUUUUGUUCUGCCUUGAAGUGUAAAUCUGGAUUUUCAUUUAUGGACUUGAACCUUGAAUAAAGUGG